AUCUGUGCGCAGCUUCUCAUCCCUGACUUCCAACCGGCACACCGUUCACAGCACGUUUCAAACGUUACAACUGAGAAAUAUCUACAGCCAUGGCAGACCCAAGAAUAAGGCAAAUCAAGAUUAAAACUGGCAUCGUUAAGAGGCUGGCGAAGGAGGAGAUUUCCUACGAAAAGGAGAUGAAGCAGCAGGAGGAGAAGGUGGAGCGCAUGAAAACAGAGGGAGGGUGUGAAUAUGUCCUCAGGAAACAGGUGGAGGUGUUGCAGGAGGCCAGGAUGAUGGUCCCAGACUGCCGCCGGCGCCUGACCGUAGCACACGCAGAUCUGCAGCAGUUAAUAGAAGCAGAGGAGGAUUUGUGCGAAUCAGAGGAGUACAAAGAGGCCCGAAACAUGUUGGACUCAGUGGAGCUUGAAGGAUGAUUUCUGAUGUGUUUCUGUGCUCACUGCGAGAUUCACUUGCUUUAAAUGUUCAUUCCUUUCGUCAGGCCCUGUUUGGAAAGCGUGGAGGAGAGCUGAAUCCAUUCAGGGUCUCUGUUCUUGAUGUAAUUAUUUCUACUGUUAACGUGCCACCACAUUUGAUCCCACGUGAACACGAUAUAACAUUUCUAACGCCACACAAGUAGAGGGUUUUCCUUAACGUCAUGAUUCACUAUCUGGACACAUCGUUGAAUACUCACAUAUGUUUGUUAUUUCACUGGAUUGAUUUGAAGCAGUUUACGACGGUGACUACUGUAAAAAGCAGUAGUCAAUUUGCUGAUCACGUUUUAUGAAGUUAACCUGAAUACUUUACAGAUAUAUUUUGCAUUCCUUUUAUAUGUAUGUGAGUUGUUUAAACCCGCAGAACCUGCAUAAGAUCUAACCUCUGAUGAUGAUGCAUCCCUGAAUACUAAUCAAAGCUGCAAGUAGCUAUUAUCUUUCAUUCUGCUAAUUAAUCCUUUGGCUUGAAAAUGGUCAGGAAAAAGUGAAAAAUACCUCUUUGCAAAACACAGAGGAUUUACAGUGAUAAACUGACCAGCUGGAAAUUAUCAUAUCUGAGAAACAAAUCAGUGAAUGUUUGGCCUUUUUUUAUUGAUUGUGAAAAUUGUUGGGAAUGUAAUUUUCUUUCAACCUACUAAUCGAUUAAUAAACUGAUGGAUUGAGAAUUGAUCGAUGAAAUUGCACAGUGUAUUAUCCUGUUAAGAGCGGUGAAUUGAUUGUGUCUUGAUGCCUAUACAAUAAAGAGAAGCACUUCCGUGAAAA